AGAUUAUCCCUGGUUUACGGAUCACGUCGCAGAGGCGCGGACGCUUGGCAGCCUCGACUCAGACCUCACAGCGAAGCGGCGCUUUCCCCCAACCCAGUCCCCGCGCACAGCUACUUCGGCUCGUAGGUGGAGCGAUCUGCGCAGGCCUCACUCGUCGCCGGAACCGCGAGCCCGCGGCUCCGCGCCAGCUUCCCAACCUGCGUCGCGAUGCUGCGUGCCCUGCCCCGCGCCCUGCGCGCUGCGCGCCCCUGGGGGUCCCUUCUGGCUCGCGGAUGCGCCUCCGGCGAUGCGGGCCCAGCCCCCGAGAUCCAAGUGCGCGCCCUGGAGGGCCCAGACGAAGGCAUCACCGAGAUUCUGAUGAACAGACCUCGUGCCCGCAACGCCCUGGGGAACGUCCUGGUUAGUGAGCUGCUGCAAGCUCUGGCCCGGCUGCGGGAGGACCAGCGAGUGCGUGUCCUGCUUUUCAGAAGUGGAGUGAAGGGCGUCUUCUGUGCAGGUGCAGACCUGAAGGAGCGGGAGCAGAUGAGCAACGCCGAGGUGGGGAUCUUCGUGCAGCGACUGCGAGGGCUAAUGGAUGAGAUCGCGGCCUUCCCGGCGCCCACCAUUGCAGCUAUGGACGGCUUUGCCUUGGGCGGAGGCCUGGAGCUUGCCCUGGCCUGUGACCUGCGAGUGGCAGCUUCCACGGCCGUCAUGGGGCUGAUCGAGACUACCCGAGGGCUGCUCCCAGGGGCAGGAGGAACUCAGAGGCUGCCGCGCUGCCUGGGUGUGGCCCUGGCCAAGGAGCUUAUCUUCACUGGCCGGCGGCUAAGCGGGGUCCAGGCCCACACGCUCGGGCUGGUAAAUCACGCCGUGGCCCAGAACGAGGAGGGCGACGCCGCCUACCAGCGAGCCCGGACACUGGCCCAGGAGAUCCUGCCCCAGGCCCCCAUCGCUGUGCGGCUGGGCAAAGUUGCCAUUGACCGAGGAAUAGAGGUGGACAUCGCAUCAGGGAUGGCCAUUGAAGGGAUCUGCUAUGCCCAGAAUAUUCCAACGCAGGACCGGCUGGAGGGCAUGGCAGCCUUCAGGGAGAAGCGGCCCCCCAGGUUUAUUGGCAAGUGACCCUGAAGCACUGGCAUGGUGAUGUGUGCCUUCCGGAGCAGGGCCCAGCGGAAAGCUUGCAAUCGGACUGCUGCCUCAUCGCGAGGACAGCAAUGGACAGAAAAGACUGACACCAAGGUGCUGACCACAUCACUUCACUGCUGCCUUCCUUACUGGACAAUCACUGGGUUGGGGUGUGCUUUGGAAACCAGCCAGCCCCCUCCUCAGAUGAUGGACCAAGAAUUAACCCGGGUCCCUGCGUGGCUUUGCAUCGUUGGCUCUCAGGUGCCUCGCAGUUGUCAGGGGCUCUGGACAACAGAGAUCAUAAAUAAAUCAUGGUGUUGGUCUA